AUGAAUGAUAAAAAAGAAAGAAUUCCAAGUAUAUAUUUGAUAUUUCAAACCUAUCUCAAAAGAGAAGAAUAAUCAACAAAAUAAGAAAUGAAGAAAAUAACUGCUAGGCCUCAAGAAUCAUUAAAUUAAUGGUUUAUGUUUACAUGUUGA